AUCCGAAAAAAUCAUCCGCAGAGCCCCAUUAUCGAUUUAUCGUGAUCGCAUUGUCCCUUUUAACCAUGUCUGUAAAUGCUUUAUCUUCUGGAGAGAAUUCCAAAGCGCCGCCUCGCAACGUGGCAUCGUCACUUCAUCCAAAGCAAGGCAACCACUCGGAAAAUUUUGAAACCUUAGCUCAGGCUGCGCCCUGGAUCAAUGAUGUGCUGCAUCAGGCGCGGCAGGCGCAGCAGACUAUUGUAACUGCACUAGAGAAUGCAAUCGCUGUAACAAAUUCUAGAAUGGAUCGUGUCCUGACCACUUCAUCUGCUCAUUUUAAUCGAAGUCUUGAUACCUUGCAAGAUGUUAAGGCUGAAUGUCAUGUAUAUGAGGACAUCACUAUUGGGAAGAUUAAAGAGGGCAUUGAUGUUGCAUCGUCUCAUCCUCUGACCACAAUCGGAGCUUUUCUUGGUCUUGUUUUUUUGGGUCUAAAAAGGCCAAGGCGAUAUUUGUACUGCAAAGCAAGGCGCCUAUUAUCCACUGAAGAGGCCAUGCUUUCGAAUGCUGAUGUACAAGUCAAAGAGCUGAAGAAAUCCAUUGAUGCUUUGAAGGGAGAGAGUGAAAAAUUAGAGAGGAAUGCAGUGAAAGCAGAGCAGGAGCUGAUGCGGGGAAAGACAAAAUUGAGACAAGCUGGGAAGCAAAUUAGAAGUGUGAUUCGCUCAGCUUAUAAGAUUGAAAGACAAGCUGCAGGUUUGAAAGAUGUUCUUAAAGAGCUUCCACGUAGAGAAGCUUCUUUGUUUAGAUCACAGGUUUCCAAAAUUGCUUCAGAGGCAACAAAAGAAAGGAAUUUUCUUACAAAGGAGGUUACCAAAAUAAGCAACCAUGGCAUUUCGGUCUGAUUCCACCCUUUCUACCAUGGGGAAUAGUUCUGGAAAAUUGUUCCACCAAAUAAAAGCAGAGUUACUAGGAGUUAUAAUUGUUUAUAUUCUCUUGAUGGGUCUUUAUCUGACUAGAGAACAAGUUUUGCUUAUGCACUUCAGCCUGUGAUGCCAUUUUCUCUUCAGCUUGGAGCCUUGGAUUGAAUGAGAUGGCAUAUAGUACCAAUAUUGAAUGAGUUGUUGCUAUAUGUUGUUUUUGCUUGAAGCUUUGGCCUUUUAGUUAGUUUCUUCUUG